AUGUCGCUGCCGCCGAGUUCGCCUCGGCUACCCAGUCCGCCCCCUCCGGCCGAGAUUCAACGAACACCGAAGUCGCCGCUGAUGGGUCCCAAUGCAGCGCGCCAGGCUGCCCAAAUCGAACAGACGGCGAUCGAUACAAAUGCCAAACGGCGCAUCCACCCGGGUACGAAGUCGGCCGACAUGGCUGCUGGCCCUCCACUCGUCCCGUUGCAUGAGGAACACCUAGCAGCCUUGCAUUAUCACCAUACCUCGAGCCACACGACGCCUAUCAGCCGCGAUACUGCAAAGCUGCUAGCAACCCCGCCGCCCGGCAUCGACAAGACACUAUGGUUGUACGAGCUCUGUCGCUUCCUGAUCGCGCAGUGCAACACCCUGAUUGUUGGCUUCCUGUUCGAUACUCCGCCAUGCAGCGCCGCCACUUGCCCCGAGAUGCGGGCGGGUGAGUGGCAGUUCCUAUGCGCCGUGCACGACGCCCCUAAGAGCUGCUGCGCCAUCGAUUAUUGCUGUCACACCCUCGACUGGGCCACCAACAUCGUGACGAACCCCAAGAUCUUUCCGAGCCGUUUCGUCGUUGACGCCCACGACAAGAACACGGCCCUCAAGAACCUCGUUAAUGUGUUUCGCCGCCUGCACCGCAUCUUCGCGCACGCCUGGUUUCAGCACCGCGGCGUGUUCUGGUCCGUAGAGGGCCAAGGCGGUCUCUAUGUCUUCUUCAAGACCGUGUGUGAUGUUUACGACCUCCUACCGGCGGAGAACUACAAGUUGCCACCCGAAGCGGAAGGCUUAGACAGCAACUCGGGCGCGGCGGACCUCGGGGACCGAGGUGACAGGAGACAGCAGCAACAACAACCACAGCUGUUAGGCCCCAUCUCAAUCGCGAAACCUCCAUCUCAGCGUGAUGGCGAGGACGGGGAUUACUCUUCCGUGAGCCGCACCAACACGAGGAGACACAUUAAGAGCAGUCCCUCGACGGGAAGCGCCGUUACGACGGUGCCUGAGGCAGACGAGGACGACGGCUCCGACCUCUCCCACAGGCUACGCGGAAUGCGCAUCUCAGCGCCCCCAUCGGUGGCCGAAGACGAAAGGGAGUCGGCUACCAUCCCAGUGAUAGUGGAGCACAAACCCUUAACCGCGGCCGAACACCCAAUCCGACCGCCCAGUGUAAUUCCGCCACCGGGGGCAGAAACAGGCGGAAGCCAAGUGAAACAAGAGCCAGCGCCGGACGUCGCCAUGCAAGAGGCAGACACACCGGGGCCAGAACACGAUUUUGCCACGGAGCCCGAAGCCCCAGCUCAAACCCUCCCCGACUCUACUACCUCCGAACCAAAACCGGAACACCAGCCCGAACCCGAAUCCACAGCAGAGCCUCAGCUGGAAGAAGCCCAAUCAGCGACGCCAGCCAAAGAACCCAGCACCACCACUGCCGCUGCUGAGGAGCCCGCGCCGGAAACCAAACCGGAACCCGAGGAGGAGGCAAGCGGAAAGCCCGAGUCGGAUGCAGUGACUGCCGAAAAGCCAGACGCAGGGGAUGCGCCCUCCUAUCUCCCACUGACGGACGACAAGAAGGCGAAAAGCAAGGACGAGCAAACGACAGAGUCAGAAUCCGCUGCCGGGCUUGACACCGAGUCACAAGCUACUGCCGCUGUUGAUUCAGAGGAGGAUGCCGAGACGGCUACGGUUGUCGGAGCGGAUGAGGCUGGCGAGGGGGCACCGGCUGAUGAUGCCAGGAGCGAAGCAGACACCGUGGUAGGGGAGGAUAAGAAGGGCGACGAGGAGAAGCCGGCGGAGGCGGAGCCGACCGAGGAGAAGAAACCUGCUGGAGAGAAGGGUGACCAGGAUUAA